AUGGCUAUUAGAUUCGGGGCGGUCGACGCAAAAACCUUCGACGAACUAUGCACCAAGACUCUUCCUAAGACAGUACCAUUAGUCGAUUGGGUCCAUCCUCUGAGACCAGUAUUCCCUCAGUCUUCGACGUCGUGUGAGGUACAGCUAGAUAAACCGUCGACCAGAGGAUCGACUUCAUGGGCUAUCGAAAAUUUCACCGCCGCCGUCGGGUUGAAAGAGCGCUUCAAACCCCAUGACUUGCGGCAUGGCGCCGGCGUCGACGUUAACAAUUCGCAAGACGUUCCUGUUCGCAACGAGUUCCAUGACCAUUGCCUCCGAUACACCAUUGCAACUCUCAUCCUUGUCCUUGUCCUCGUCUCCGUUGUUAUCCUUGUCCUCGUCCGCCGCUAUCUGUCCUCAUUUCUAUUGUUAUCCUUGUUUUCGUCGCUCUCGUCCUUCAGUUCUCUUGAUAUUCACUGUGUGGAUGGAGCUUACAUAUACCUAUGCGCUAUCCACGCAGUGAGCGGUUUCCGGCCGUUCAGGCGCAUAGUCAGGGUAAUAAUAAUAGAGAACCACUGA